UGGGAAGGCAGGUCAGGCAGCAGAUGGUUGGAUUGAACAUGAGCAGUUUUACUGCAGUGGUUUGGAAGUAGUUGGAUUUGGAAAGCUGGUUGGAGAGAGCACAGAAGUGAAGACAUAAGAGUGCCCUCCAGGCUCCUUUGUCCGUGGAAUUCUCCAGGCAAGAAUACUGGUGAACCAAUGAUGGCUGAAUCACUAAGUGAAGUUUCUGGCAGUGUGGAAGUUCUGGAGACCAGUGAUGAGGGAAAAAAGAAAUCCAAAUUUAAAGCCUUCAAGAGCUUCUUUGGCAAGAAGAAGAAGAAAGAGUCCAAAGGUGCCCGGGGAGGGAGACGGCUCAAACAAAGCUUGUCCAGCAGCAGUAUUGACAUCUUUUCUCUGAAGUCAGUUCAAGAAGGUCAACAAACCAAGCCAGGGGCCAAGAACAGAAUGGGGACCAGAGCCCUGUCUCAUGACAGCAUCUUUGUGUUGGAGCCUGACCCUGAAAGAUCAGAAAGGAAGCUAUACCCCUCUCCAGAGAUCCCAAGAGGCAGACCUUUGCAGAGAUCUCAUGUUUUUAUUACUCUGCCUAGAGCUGAGAUUGGUAGCAUGCAUGAAGCUGUGUUUGGAACUGUGCCAAGAGGUACAGACAGAAGUGAAUUCUGUGUUGCAGGCUCCAAGACCACCGAGAUCCCACUACUGCGUCCAUGCCAACGCAGCAUCAGCUCACAUCUCAUUCAAUCUGACACCAUCUUUAAGGAUCUUGAAGAAAUGUCUGUUGAUUAUGAGCCACUUAAGAAGAGUUCAUCAUACAAUAUCUUGACAUGGGAGAAGAGUGCCUUUGAGCCCUCGUCUGGACUGGUUCGCUCACAGUCCUUGAUCACGUUUGCCAUGCCCUCCUUGUCCAGCAGCACCCGAUUGCCUGUUGGCUUCAACACCCCAGCCACCACCCAGAGCUGUUUGGAUUCCUCAGCUGCUCGACACAAGAUGGGUUUAAAUCCCCGGAAACAAAAGAGCAUCCAGGUGACUGAGAAACCAAAACAGGAGGAGCCAAGCCUCCCAGUGGCUUCUGAAGAAGAGAAAAGCACAACCAAACCGAAAGAAGCUGACCAAAAGAAGCCGAAAAAAGACAGCGCAGGUGCCUCAAGCCAGGAACAGAACAACAAGACUGAGAUCGCUAAACAGAAGACAAUGGAUCAGGCUACAAACACAGCUGCUACUGAGAGUCAGAGUUACCCAUUUCCAGCAGCAUACAUGAAACGCCGUGAAAAGAAAAGGUCAAGUACUUCAGGAACGAGCGAGUGUGGAUACAAAGAAAGAAGCUUUAAACAAUUCACUGGAGUGCUUGGCCUAAGUGAUGGAGCUGGGUCCCCACCUGAUGAUAACAAAGCCAGGGACUGCCAUUUCUGGCAACUGUCCUUGGAGAAGCAAGUCAUGGAGCAGCCCACACCACCGCAGACAGAAAGCACUACUCAGGAGCUGCCGUCAGGUAAAGAUGACCCAGGAAGGGGAAUUGCUGAGGCAGAUUCUGAAACCAGAAAAGCGUUAGCAUCACAACUCAAGCCUGAAGACAUGGAAGAGCCCGUGGUGGGUGGUCUGUCACCAUCCCAUGAAGAUGGGACUUCUGGAGCCAAGAAGCCAGAAGCCAGGGCUGCUCUAUCACAUGUGGCAGGAAGGCCAUUUACACCCCAAGAUACUCUCUUGGUGGCAGUGGAUGAUCAGAUGUUUAUGGAGCCUUCUCAGAGCCAGCCAGGAAGGGAAGCUUCUGGCUUUGAUGUGAGAAGUGUCCAAUAUAAAAUGAAGUCCGCUCAAGAGACCCUCAAAGAAAAGCCUCCCAGAAGUGUUCUGCAGGCCUUAACAGCGAGGAUCUCCAGGAGCGUGAGUGCCUUGGUAGAGGGAGCCCUUUGUGCCAGGAAACCACCUCCCAGAAGCCUUUCAUGGUCCUUCGGGAAGUCAAAAGCUACAGUCAUCAUCUCAGAUCCCAAGAGCACUUCAGAGGAGGACAGUGAUUCUGAGCAACAGCUGGCUCCUGGACAUUCUUCCCCACCCUCCAAGAUGCACAGGAAUGAAGAAGUCUUCCCAGAAUCAAAAGGUUCAGCUGUGGAACUGAGCAGUCCCGAGCAGCAGCAGGCCCCUAGGUAUUCUUCACAGUCCUUGGGGAAGUCUAAAGCCACAGCUGUCUUCUCUGAUUCCGAGAGCAUUUCCAAAGAGGGCAGUGACUUUGAGCAGCACGAGGCUCCCACACCCUCUCUCCAGUCCCUGAGCAAGUCCAAAGAUGGCCAAAAAGUCUUCACAAAAUCGGGUUCCCUGGGACAGAUGAGUGGUUCCAAUGAGCCGCUGACUCCCGCAUGUGCUUCCCGGGCUGUGGGGGAGCCUGAAGACCAAGUCUCCAUGGGAUCAAAUAGUUAUGUGGAGAAGUACAACAGUGCCAAUAACACCAAGGAAGAGGUGUCUCCUGGACCCCCUGUCCAGGUCAUGGGACCCCCUAACCAGGCCGUGGGAUCCUCUGCCCAGGCUGUGGCAAAUCCUAAAGACCCCAGAGAAAUCUCCCUGGUUUCAAAGACCAUACCUGAAGUACAGGGUGCUUCUGUGUGGCAGGUGCCUCCCAGGGACACUUUCCAGUCCUGGGUGAGCCCUAAAUUCGAUCAAUCUGCCUCCACAGGCCCAGAGAGCGUGGCCAUGGAGUGGGGCAUUUCCAUGGAGCCACUGCCUCCCAGAGUGUCUUCUAAGCGCCUGAUGAGGCCAAAAGUUGAGCCACCAGUCUCCUUGGAUCCAGGAGAGAUGACAUUUAAAAGGAUGACUUCUGCGGGGGUGCUGCCUCCGAGACAUCCUUCUCAGCCUUCAGUGAAACCAGCAGCUCAGCAAGAAAGCUCUGCAUGUCGAGAGAGCCCCGAUGUUGAGAAGACCACACCUGCGCACUUGCUAACUUUCCCACGUCCUCCCCAGGCCACGGUGAGGCCAUCAGUUGAGUACCAAGACUCCAUGGGUGCAGAAAGCACUGUGGUUGAGAAGAGCAUUUCUACGAAGCCACUGCUUCCCAAGCAUCAUUCUCAGCCCCCGAUGAGAGCUCUGGACCAGCAACAAGUCUCCGUGACUUAUUCUGAAGCUGAACAGAGUGUAUUUGCAGGUUUGGAGGGUUCUGUUGCUCAGAAGAUCAUUCUGGUGGAGAAAUUGCUCCCCAAAUAUUCCCCCCAGCCCUUGACAAAGCCUCGAGCCCAGAAAACCUUGGAGAACAUUACUGUUGAGGAGGGCAGCUUUGUGGAGGUGCCGCCUCUCCAGCUCUUGGUGAAGUCUAAAUUCCAGUCACAGGGCAUUCCGCUGGAGUCCAUGAGUGCUCCCACAGAGUGGAGCGGUCUGGGGGUGCCUGUGCCUCCCAGACCCACCAUCCAGCAGUCCUGGGAGAUCCCCAUGUUUGAGCAACCAGCCUUUGAAGGUCCAGAGAGUGAUGCCAUUGAGUGGGACAUUAUCAUCAAGCCGCUGCCUCCCAGAGGGACUUCUCAGGCCCCAAUGAGAGCAGGAGUCAAACAAGCAAUCACUGAAGGUCCAGAGAGUGUCAACACUGAAGGGGAUGCAUCUACCGAGCUGCUGCCUGACAAACAUCCCUACUCCAUCGUGAGACAGAAAGUCCAGCAAAUAUCAUUGAGUUUUGAGAGUGCUGCUGCCAAAGUGGGCAUUUCUGGAAGGCCACUGCCUCCCAUAUAUCCCAGCCGAGUGCUUAAAAAGUCUAAAGUUCUGGAGAUGUCCUUACGUCUAGAGAGCAUGGCUGAUAAAGAAGUCAUACCUAAGAAAUCGGUGAUUGUCAAGCGUCCUUCUCAGUCAUUCGUGAAGUAUAUGGCACAGCAUGUCUUUUCAGAGAGGCCUGCUACAGAGGAGGGAACUUGCAUGGAUCCUUCAUCUUCAAAUCCACCUUCCAAAUCAUUGAAGCCUAAAGUUGAGCAGCAAGUUUCCUCAGGCUGGGAGAGUAUAGAUGUUGAGGGAGCCAUUUCUUUGAAGGAAGUGCCCAUGAAAAGCCUUUUGCCAAGCUCAGGGAAGCCCAAAGGCCUGCAAGAAGUCCUCUCCCAUUCAGAGAGUGCCCCUGCGAAGCUGAGCAGUUUGAAAGAGCAGCUGCCUCCCAGACAUCUUGCCCGCACACUGGGGAAGCCUGAGUACCAGCAAGAAACCUCCUCAGCUUCUGAGAGCUCUCCUGAAGAAUGGAAGAGUUCUGAAGAGUGGCUGCCUGGCAAACACCCCAGCCAAGUCAAAGAUGGAGCUGAGUUUCAACCACUGAUGCUCUCAAAAGGCCCAGUGAGUGCACCUGUGAAGCAGAGCGAUUCUGAGCAGCGCCUGCCUCCCAAACAAAUUUUUCAGGCUCCUGCAGACCCUGAACACCAGCAACAGGUUUAUCCAAGUCCCGUGAGUGCUGCCUCUGAGGAAACCACUUUGGAGAGUGAUUCUAGCUGCUGGUCUCUACCCAGAGACCUGGCUUCUCCAAGCAAAAUCAAGAAACCCAGCCAAAGCUCUGAAGACCUCACUAAGAAUGUCACAACUGCCCCUACCAAGCCCAUGCUGGCCGCUGCUCCUGCCUUGCAGUCGCCCACUUCUGGAAGCAGUUCCUCUCAGGAGGAAGUUCCUGAGAGCGAUGAUCAAAAUAACAGCCGUUCAGAUUCAUCCAACAGCGGGGCUGAUGUUGAAAAGCUUUUUGGAGUCCGACUGAGAAGAACCUCUUCCUCACAGAAGUAUAAGGGUGGGAAACAAGGUUUUACCAAGCUUUCUUCACCCUCCUUGGGCUCAAUUUCAUCUGUAGAUACACCCCAGCCAAUCAGAAGGGCUUCCAAGGGGACCCUGGGCACCAGGCAAAACCUCACCACAGUAUAUGACUUGGCAGAGAAGCAACAGAGGAGGCCCAAAUCUGAAAGCAUGGCCAAGAAGCAACCUGCUUACAGGAUCCCAGGAAAAGCUCCUGGUCGACGGUCAGAGUAUGCCACCUCAGAGCCAGCUUGGAUACCCACGAUAAAGCAGGAGCAGGGGAGCUUCCAGGCCAACAUUCCUCCCAAAGAGCCAAGACUCAAGAGUAGAGCUGCAGCCAAGGCUGAGAUGAAAGAACCCAGACAUGGAGUAGGACCUCGAGCAGCCUACAAAGCACUCCAAAAGGGAACUGGCCUUGUAAGUGAAAGCCAACCAAGAAUGGUUCUCACUUCUGAUGUCAAGAGACAAGAGAAGGUGGCACCAACAAAACCUCCGAAGUCUACCAAAACAGUUGGAUUUGAAGAUGAGAAGAUACUUCAAGUACCUUCGAUGGAAAAAGAAACCAGGUCUGCUACACUUCCAGCCAUGCUACCACAGCCAGUUGAACCAGCUGAACCAGUUUGGUUCUCCCUGGCCAAGAAGAAAGCUGAGGCGUGGAGCCAUAUAGCAGAAACAAUGCAAUAAACCGCUCCUGGGUGGAGUAUCAGCAUUUCAAAUUAUAAUUGCCAAUAGCUAUAUUAAUGCCAUGUAGUGAAUUAUUUACUGUAGCCAUUUUUAUUAAGCAUAAGAGCCUUAAAAUGGGCAUUAAAGCUAAUAAUUAUUUGAAUGAAAUAGAUGCCAUGAAUGCCUAACCUUCAGUACAGUCACUGCCAGCAUCUGAAAACCCAGCAUUUCCUUUAUAAAAACUAUGUAAAAUGUUUGCACUGCUGUUGAAUUGAGAAAUCUUUAACUUUGGACCAUGGGCUGUAGAAGGGAGAAAGCUAAAACAUUUUGUUGGCACAACUAAGAGGUAGGCAUUUCCCUUGUUCAAAUAAAUUCAUUCUAAUAGAAAUGUCCAGAUGAUCUGGCCCAAGGAUUGGCUUGUAUGUUUUAUGAGCCUAAUGAAAUGCUUCAAUUCUUUCAUUGCUGCUCUGAACUUUGUAAAGCCUCCUAAGAAGAGGUGGUAUUGAUAGAAGUGCAAAUUCUGGGUUUCCAAGAAAAAAUUUGCACAGCCAGCUCCCCAGUCUGUCCAUUGCCCUUUGAAACACCUUCUUCGUAUCCCUGAGGGCCCCCAACCCCUGCAACUUAUACAGAGCUCUCUUUGCACAUGCUGCAUGUCAACCUGUCGAAAGUCUGGCAGCUGUGAGCACCCUCCUAUGAGGCACAACAUUCCUUGGGGACUAUCAUGCUCCUCUGAGGGGUUAGCCCUCCAGUGUUUGACCUCUUACCCCAGUGCCACUGUGGUCCUCUCUAGUUGCUCAGAAGCAUAGUGCGUGUCAUACACAUCCUAUUUUUAAAGUACUUAAGGCCCUCUUAAAAUUCAAAAUUCUGCAGAUGGGGGCUUCCCUGGUGACUCAGACAAUAAAGAAUCUGCCUGCAAUGCAGGAGACCUGGGUUUGAUUCCUAGGUCAG